AUAACGGUUUUGAACAAAGGAAAUGAUAAAUUAGAGAAGGAGAAAUAUUGGGUAUUGUAAGAACAAAUUUUCAUUGGUAUUGGAGGAAAAUGGCAACUACUGUGAUGACUUCUCUCCCACAAUAUAGUGGGCUAAGACCUCAAAUUUCAGCAGCUCCAGUCCGAAGCCUGGCAGCAAUUCAACCAAUGAGGCGUAAGGGAAAGGGAGCUUUGGGUGCUCGCUGUGAUUUCAUUGGAUCACCCACAAAUUUGAUAAUGGUGGUUUCUACGAGUCUGAUGCUAUUUGCUGGGAGGUUUGGGUUAGCACCAUCGGCAAACAGAAAGGCGACGGCUGGACUGAAGCUUGAAGCAAGGAACUCCGGCCUGCAGACAGGUGACCCAGCUGGUUUCACUCUUGCAGAUACCUUGGCAUGUGGAUCAGUUGGUCACAUUAUUGGGGUUGGGGUUGUUCUUGGCCUUAAAAACAUGGGUUCACUGUAAAAUUAUCUUUAAAUAUCUUCUCAUCUUUUGACUCAUCACUUUAUGUUGUUCUUUGUUUACAACGUGUAUUUGGAUUAAGAACUCCUUAAAAAAUGUGUUUGCUGGUGUUGAAUCGUUCA